AGUAUCUCACCCAAUAAAAUUUUUCGAUUCAGUCGGUCAAUACAUCUCCAGGUUCGCCACAACGUAUGAUAUGGCAUGUCACUGUUACACAGUGGCUAGAGCCAUAUAACUAGUAUCCUCGCAGACCCAUAUUGUGGGUUUUACGCUCUGAUACAAUUUACCUUUACUGAAGGGGACUGCAGUCUAGCUCCAAAACAGUGCUCGGCGCCCUCAAAGCAAAGCCUUUCUAAAAAUUACGGUUACCAUUGCCAUACUUUCAAAUAUCAACGUACAACUAUUCACCUGGUCAGAUUCUCCUUUACUACUUGUAGUUCCUCAAAAUGUCAUCUGCAGACCAGAAAGGAGAAAUCCCCCAAACUCAUCGAACUAUUCUGCUUCCUGGCAAGCCAACCAGCAGCAAGCCUCAUCCAAACGACGAGGAAGCACUGCAGAGAGGUUCCGACAUCGAUCGAGAUAGUCGAACUUCGAGUGAGGGAUGGAGACCAAUGAUUGGUCGACGCCAGAGCUGGAAUGAAGAGGACAGGAAGCAUGAGCUUCAGGCUUGGCUGCUGGGAGUGGAAGAAGGGAAGGAGACUGGCUUCACCGAAUCGUCGCACGAAAUCUAAUGAAUGAAUGAAUGAAUGAAUGACGGAAUGACAGAAUGAUGAUUGAAGUUGAAAUUAAAAGGUCACGAAUGCUGUCUAGCAUGAUGUGGGUUUGUGAUUAGGUGGAUAGGAUCAAGCUGACAGCGGGCUGUUUGGGAUUCUGUUCGCGUUUUCUCCUCGAACUAGUGGCUCUUUCCCUCUCGUGUCUAGUGUUUCAUUGUUGUAUGCCUAGCAAAUUGAUUAAUGACAAUGUGCUCACUUCAGACUUUGAUUCGGUAGUGGAGCAGGGGAACUA